ACUCAUACUCAGCCAGGCUUCUAUUCUUCUUCCUGCACAUCUGCUCAAGAUCAAUGGCACCUCAUCAUCAUUCAGUCAUCAAUCACCCCUGUCAUCCUAAGCAUCCUCUCUCCCUCCUCUCUUCUCCACCCUAUCCUCAAGGAAUUUUUAACUGCGAUGCUUGUAGUCGUCCAGAUAAAGGAUUUUGUUACCAUUGCAAAGAGUGCAAAGUCGAUCUUCAUGUUCAUUGCGCUUCUAUGCCUCUUUCUGUAAACCACAAUUCUCAUCCUCAACACCAUCUUACCCUAACGUAUGAAAUCCUGUAUCCAACCAAAGACUUUUCUUGCGAUAUUUGCAAGAAAUCAGGAUCAAAGUGUUGGAUAUACCGCUGUAAUUCUUGCGCGUUCGAUGCUCAUUUGAAUUGUGCAACGACCGCCGGUUCCACAUCUAUUCAGCGGAGUGUAUCUGUUCAGCAAUCACAGCCUAUGUUUCAACAUCAGGUUUCUGUUCAGCAAUCGCAGCCUAUGUUUCAACAUCAAGUUUCAUUACCGGCUGCAGGUUACAAUCAGCAAACACGUCAAGUAGUGUUUCAAAACCAGAACUCAUUUCCUGGUCCUGCACAGGCACGGAACAAACCUGCACCAACAGGGUACAACUUCGCGACAAAUCAGAACCCAAAUUAUUAUGCCAUGAAUAAUAAUCAACCAGGUUUUGGUGCACCAGCUCGUGUACAGCAGGCUAAUUUUCAGAACCAACUUGGUAAUAAUCCUUCAGUGGGUGCAUCAAUGACUCUAGGGUUUUAUAAUGGUGUAGGACAACAAGCAGGGCAAACAUUCGUGCAGAGUAUGUUAGGGGGCUCGGCAUUAGGUGGUGGGAAUGAUGAGUCGUCAUCAUCCGCUUCUUCUUUGUUGAAACUUUUUCUAUUUUAGGGCCAGUACUUUCGGUAAUGAGGUUGCUAUAAUGUGUAAAGUUGAAUUGGGCUAAAGCAGGGCCAAAAAAUAUUUGAGAGUCUAUUUCUACUUUUUCUAGGUGUAAUUUAAUUUGAAGUCAUGAAUCCCUGGUUUUAAGAUUGAUGUAAGAAAAAAAUUGCAUAAGAAUUACUGUUAAA